AUGAAGAGGGUGAUCCUGCCUUCAUACCCUGGUGUAGUUGUAUUCAUAGGUGUAAUCCAUGGAGCUGGCGUGCUACCUGACAGUCUGACUGCCGUUGUCGGAGAGACGGUGACGUUCACCACAACCGUGACUCCACCUGAGAUACCAUUCGUGGUUGUCACCUGGAGUUUUGAGAAUAGCCAAGGUUCUAGUGUUAGUAUAAUAACCUCGACUAGUGCAGAUAUAAUUGGACCACUGUAUAAAGGCCGGGUGAAACUCAUCAGAUCUACUGGAUCUCUGGAGCUUAGUAAUCUGACUAUUAACGACAGCGGCGAAUACAAAGUCACCAUCAUACCAAAUGGUGCCGCGCAGCAGAAAGGAAGCUGCCGACUGCUGUUAGAAGUGCCGGUCUCCAGGGUAACGGUAACACCGAGCAGCAGCACAGACCUGGUGGAGUUCAGCUCCAUCCGUCUGUCCUGCUCCGCCUCUGGAUCCUCCCUCUCUUACCUCUGGCUGAACGGCAGCUCUACGAUCACAGCCGGCUCCGUUCUCACUAUAGUCAAUGUGACCCGUUACGACCAGGGACCAUUCAGGUGUAACGUGUUCAAUCCUUUCAGUAACGGCACCAGUGACCCAGUCAACCUCUCCAUCAGCUAUGGGCCAGAAAACAUCAGUGUAACACUCAAUCCGCCACAAGAAUACCACGUGGCAGGUUCCAACAUCAGCCUGUCCUGCUCAGCUGUCUCUAGACCUGCAGCCCAGUAUUACUGGUUCCUGAACGGAGACAGACUGUCUGACGCUGACCCGGAGCUCAGACUGAUCCACGUCCAGCAGAGUCAGAGUGGAAACUACAGCUGUCAGGCCUUCAACAACAAAACUCAGAGAUCUCAAACAGCUCAAGUGCCAGCUGUAACUGUACUGGUUCCAGUGUCUAAUAUAGAAAUGAACGCCAGCGGCACCGUCAUGUUUGAGUUCAACAGCUCCGUCCGUCUGUCCUGCUCCUCCUCUGGAUCCUCGCUCUCCUUCCUCUGGAUGAACGGCAGCUCGGAGGUCACGCCCAGCGACAGAGUUCAGCUCGCCGAUGGAAACUCCUCUCUCAUCAUAUAUAAUGUGACCCGUUACGACCAGGGACCCUUCAGGUGUCGUGUGUUUAAUCCUGUCAGUAGCGGCACCACUGCUCCAGUCAACCUCCUCAUCAUCUUGGGCCCAGAAAACAUUAAUCUGACAGUGUCUCCAGCACAAGAACACUACGACGAGGGGUCGGACGUCGGCCUGACGUGCUCAGCUGUCUCCAGACCUGCAGCGCUGUAUUACUGGUUCCUGAAUGGAGACAAACUGUCUGACACUGGACCAGAGCUCAGACUGGUCUCCAUCCGUUUGAGUCAGAGUGGAAACUACAGUUGUCAGGCCUUUAACAACAAAACCAUGAGGAGUCAAACAUCUCAGCCUGUUGUUUUAACUGUACUGAAAUCUAACGUCUCCGAUGUGGUGAUAACUCCCAGCGCCACAGACUUGAUCGAGUUCAACAGCUCCGUCAGUCUGUCCUGCUCCUCCUCCGGACCCUCCCUCUCCUUCCUCUGGCUGAACGGCAGCUCGGAGGUCACGGCCAGCGACAGAGUUCAGCUCACCGACGAUGGCGCCACUCUCACUAUAAUAAACGUGACCCGCUACGACCAGGGACCGUUCAGGUGUCAAGUGUUGAACAAUAGUAAUUCCACCAGUGAUCCGGUGAAACUCUCCAUCAGCUUCGGCCCAGAAAAUAUUAAUCUGAAGCUGUUUCCAUCACAACAACACUAUGAAGAAGGAUCAGAUAUAAAGCUGCUCUGCUCAGCUGUGUCCAGACCUGCAGCCACGUAUUACUGGUUCCUGAAUGGAGAGAGGCUGUCAGCCACUGGACCAGAGCUCCAACUGGUGAAGAUUGAGCAGAGUCACAGUGGGAAAUACAGCUGUCAGGCCUUUAACAGCAAAACUCUGAGAUAUGAAACAUCUGACCCUGCUGUUGUGUUGAUACUGGUGCCGGUCGCCAAUAUCACAGUAACACAGAGCAGCAGCACAGAUUUGUUGGAGUUCCACAGCUCCGUCAGUCUGUCCUGCUUCUCCCCCGGAUCCUUCCUCUCCUUCCUCUGGCUGAACGGCAGCUCCGAGGUCACAGCCAGCGACAGAGUUCAGCUCAGCGAUGGAGGCUCCAAUCUCACUAUAUUCAAUGUGACCCGCUACGACCAGGGACCGUUCAGGUGCAACGUGUCCAAUGGUGUCACUUAUGGAAUCAGCCAGUCAAUUAAUAUUAUCAUCCAAUAUGGACCUGACAACGUGAACAUUGUUGGACCCACAUCUAUACACGCUGGAGUUAUCACGAUGCUCUACUGCUCCAGUGUUUCUGUUCCACCUGCAAAGUUCACCUGGAUGUUUCAAGGAAAACCAACGACUGUACAAGAGGCUGUGUACGUCAUACAAUCAGGCAGAAACUCGGACAGUGGGACGUACACCUGCAUGGCUGAGAAUACUGUGACAGGGCAGAGUCAAACAGUGCACCACGGUUUAACUGUCACCGAUAAAUUAAGUGUGAAGGCGAGGCAUUCAGACGUGUACAAGAUCACAGGAACAACUCAAGAAAGCCAGUUGUAG